GGUCUGCAUCACCAGUAUUUGACGCAGGAAGAGGCGCAGAACAUCGACGUGGAUCUGAUGGGACCGUCGUGCGGGUUCUCCGACGACCAGGGCGCGUGGGCGGGAGGGCAGCUGAUGGAACUGGCGGGACUGAGCUGCGCGACGGCGAUCGCCAAGGUCUUCCCCACGCACCGCAACCCGACCAUCCACUACCCCAAGCGCACCGACAAGCAGCUGUACCGCAACUUGGUGAAGCAAUGCGAGUGCAUGGAGAUUCCCUUCAUCGACCAGCUGCCCGACAGGCUGGAGGACUACGACUUGAUUGUGGACGCCAUCUUCGGAUACAGCUUCAAGCCGCACUCCGGCGUCCGACCGCCUUUCGACGCCGUUUUGAAGAGGCUGCGCGAGACCGAGGUGCCCAUCGCCUCCCUCGACAUUCCCUCCGGCUGGGACGUUGAGAAAGGCGACAGCGCGGGCGUGGGGGUCAAGGAACCGCACCUCCUUGUGUCGCUCACGGCGCCGAAGCUGGCGGCGCGCUCCUUCCGCAAGGAGCACUGGCUGGGCGGCCGCUUCGUUCCUCCGUCUCUGGAGAAGAAGUACGAGCUCAACUUGCCCCCGUACCCCGGCACCGAUGUGGUUGUCCGCCUCCCUCCUCCUUCGUCCUUGUAA